CUCUUUAAACGACAAGCCGUGUGUAAUUACUGCUGUUGCGAGUUUCUCCGCUUUAGGAGUCGCGGUUGCACAGGGCUCUCGUGUGACUCUCCGGAGUGUUGGAAUAAUGUAUUAGGUAGUCAGUGAGGCUAAAAAGUAACAUUCUUUUUAGUAUCUUAUAAUCGACGAUCAGCUGCUUGUAUCCGACGAUGUAAUAUUAAGUGUUGCGGGUCACAUACUUUGUUCCGUGGAUAUAGCUGUCUUUUAUUGGCAAUAUCUGACUUCCCGCUGUUCAAGAUGGAUUGGAACCCUUUCGCACAGAGGACUUAGUUUUUCCCAGGUCGUAUUACGUGUUGCGUUUUCACAAGCUCUGACCCCUGCCUUUAACAGGUGGAAUCGCGUCCUCUUUCCCCGUCACAUUUUAUCCGGCUACCGGGAAGUGGCAUGGGGAAUCAGGUAGAAAAACUCACUCAUUUAAGUUAUGCAGAAGUUCCGACAGCAGAUCCGAACGGGUUGGAUCCCGAGGAGGACUGUCCAAGGAUUGGAGUUUCCUAUAUCUUUUCCAAUGAUGAUGACGAUCUAGAGGAUAAUCACGAAAUUGAAAACGACCAAAAUCAGGAAGAGAAGCAAUUUGAUAAGCGCAACGAGCUGGAGUGUGCCGUUUACUAUCGGGACGAAUGCGUUUACGAGAAGAGUACCAAGAACAUAGACAUGGGUACGUAUUCUCCGGAGAAUCUGUCGAACAAAUGUAAGCCGGGUGACUUGGUGGAGUUUGUCGCAACCGGUCAGUACCCACAUUGGGCUGUUUACGUGGGAGACUUUCAAGUUGUUCACUUGCACAGAGCCGAGAUAAGGAACAAUUUUUUGACAGAUGCCAGCCAAGGCAGAAGAGGCAGAGUCGCCAACGACCUGUACAAAUUCAAAGCUCUGAACCCUGACGUAGUGGUACAGAACGCAAUGGAGCAAGUUGGAGCGAAAGACAGGGAGCUAAGUUGGAGAAACUCAGAAUGUUUUGCCGCUUGGUGCAAAUUUGGUAGACGUGAGUUCAAAAUCGGAGGUGAAAUACGCAUUGGAAAGCAGCCUUAUAGAUUAAAACUGCUAUUGUCUGAUAAAAGGAGCCACGUUCUUGAAUUUCAAAGUUUGGAGGACUUGAUUAUGGAAAAAAGGAGAAACGACCAAAUAGGCAGGGCUGCGGUGAUCCAGGAGCUAGAAAACCAUCUCAACAGUGGGGAGGAAAUCAGCAAUGAGCACAAUAGGAACUGAUGGAUUAAAACGCCGGAUUUGAAAUAAUAAGCAAGUGAGGAGUAGGCAAGAAUUCGAGAAAAAUUAAAGCUAAGACGAACCGUUUCAUCCAAUUACCUCUACGAUUAUUCAACAGUGCGUGAACCAAGCCUAGCCACCUCCUUGAACUGUUUGAAAUUGUUGAAUAAUUAAGCAAUUCGCUCACAUGGCUACAUCGGUGGUUAGUGCUUUGAACACACAUUGCCUUUCAUGAAUGAUAUGACCUUUCUGUGUCCUUCAAGGUCAAUUUAUGUUGUACUUUUAAUUCAAUUUGAAGUGUGGAAAGGGGAGGUGUGUGUCGGCUUGCAUGCAUUAUGACUGGGUGUGUUGUGGGGUGGAGGAACUUGGUUGGGUGUGUGAGCAUCAGCACGUUUUUACUGAAGCUCUGUGCUCCCCCUCCCCCCCCCCCCCCAAAAAAAAGAGUCCAUUACUGGUACUCUCUUUCUUCAGCUGAGGCCCCUGUGCAAUUCCUUGCAGACUGUUGCUUGUGCAAUUCAUGCUUCAGGCACAAUUUAGGCUUUGGCCACAAAAAGACAAUAUUUAAGGUGUAUAUCAUAAUGUUCUAUAAAUAUAUAUAUUUUUGUGUCAAGAUACUACGUUUUCCAGCUUUACAUACCUGUUUUACUUUCUUGUUUGUUCUUUUUCACCACAGCUUCAAGCACUUUAAAUUGACUAAUAAAUUAUUUGUUUUACCAAUUAA